CGCAGCACCGGGGAAACGGGAAAAUGGGUAACAGGGGAGUGGGAAAACCAUGGGAACUGGAGAACCGGGAGACGCAGCAAACGAGAAACGGGAACCCAGGGGAUGGGGAAAACCGUGGGCAUCAGAGAACCGGGACUGCCGAGGAACAGGGAAGCCACAAGAUCGGGGAAACGGGAAACCAGGGCACUCGGGAGUCGUGGGAACUGGGGAACCGGUGGUGGGCACGGGAAAACCGAGGGCACCAGGAAAGGGUUAACCAUGGAGACUGGAGAGCUGCAACACUAGGAACAUGGGGAAACAGGUGUCGACUUCAAAAUGAAGACCAUCGAGGUGGAUGGGAUCAAGGUGCGGAUACAGAUCUGGGACACAGCCGGCCAGGAGCGGUACCAGACCAUCACCAAGCAGUACUACCGGCGGGCACAGGGCAUUUUCCUGGUGUACGACAUCAGCAGCGAGCGCUCCUACCAGCACAUCGUGAAGUGGGCCAGCGACGUGGAUGAGUAUGCACCCGAUGGCGUCCAGAAAAUCCUCAUCGGGAACAAGGCGGACGAGGAGCACAAGAGGCAAGUGCCCAAAGAGCAAGGGCUGCAGCUGGCCAGGGAAUACGGGAUGGAUUUCUACGAGACCAGUGCCUGCAGCAACCUCAACAUCAAAGAGUCCUUCACACGCCUGACGGAGCUGGUGCUGCAGGCACACCGCAAGGAGCUGGAUGAGCUGCGGGGGCUGCCCCGCGCCCCCACCCUGGCCCGGCUGGAGGAGGAUGAGCAGCAGCCCCUGGGGAGCGAGGACACCCCCAAAACCUGCUGGUGUUGAAGGCUGGGACCCCCUGACCCCUCCUCCCCAGGCUGUGUCGGGGGCCUGGUAGGGGCAGGAUUGAGGCAGCCCCCAUAGAGUGGGGGGCAACACUGGACACCCCCGGGACAGGGAAGUGGCAAGGGGGGCCCCCCAUUCUGGCACCUGUGCCCUCCUUGGCUUGCGGGUAGGGUGGGGGGUGUACAGGCACUGUGUGCCCACCCUGUGCCACCCCGUGCCCGUGGGACCCCCGGUUUUACACAGUGGUUUGCAGAAUAAAGGUGAUGCUGGA